AAUUCUCCUGCAGUGUCUUUGGGAACGGUGCAAGAACUUCUGUGACCCUAUUUUCUGUCAUUUAAAUCUUCGAUAUCUACAGUUGUCAGAUUUUUAUUAAGAAACAUUCCAUGAGAAUGGGUACCAUUAAAAAAAUAUGACAUAAAGAAAUUAAUUAAGGUUUAAAUAUGGAUGCAGUGGAAUUUCUUCUAAUUUUGUUCAAUGUAAUACUGUGUGUGCUUUAUUCAGAUGCCGCUUUGACAGACAACACUCUGCAAGCUUGCUAUGGUAAUGGUUUUGAGGACUAUUUAACACCUUCGUGUUCGUCUGGCGAAAAAAUAUACAUUUAUGACGUGUUUGUGUAUGCCAAACACAGAUCACUAAAUUGUCCAACUACAGCCACAUUCGCUGACAGAAAUAUCACAUACUGCUGCAAUUAUGUUAACCAAAAAGAGGACUGUGGACAAAGAUACUUUGGAACCGCAGGCGAAUUUGAACAUGCACAUUAUUCGCGAUGCACGGGGUUAGCAACAUGCGGAGGAAUACAAGUUGCGUGGAACUACACAGAACAUUUCUGCAACAUAACUGUUUAUGCCGAUAGGACAAACUAUAUGAAAAUGUGGUAUAACUGUAUACCAGAUUCCUCUUCACUCUCUAUUAAUUCGGUGUCUACGCUAACAUCAGAUGCAGUGUUUCUCCUCAGUGAAAAUUAUCCAUCAAUGAUGUCCGAGUGUUCGACUACUUCCGGUGCCACGUGUCGAGUACAGACAUCAAAUGGGUCUCCAUUGCAGAUCACGGCUCUAGAUAUCCAGCUUAGUGAAACGUCUGGAGUCUGUCAACAGAGGAUUUACAUUACUGAUGGAUCCACAAACAGUGAAAUUAACUGUGAGGAUAAUAAUAACUUUGUCAAGAGAGUUGUCUUUACAAGUUCUAGUAGCGCAAUUGAAAUCAGAUUAGAUAACACAGCUACAACAACUGCUGGGAAAUUUUGGAUUCAAAUUGAAGCAACUCAAAAUUCAGGACGUGUGUCAAUCGAAUGCAUAAACGCCACCGCUAUGUUUGGUUGCGGGUCUUCCAUAGCAAUAUCCAAUGGUACUUCAGUAGCAAAUUCCUCAUCAUCUAAUAUAACAGACAGCACAACAACGACCACCUCCUCAGUUCAGCUAAACUUUACAAAUUCUGAAAACACGAGUACUUCCAGUAGUCUUACUUCUACAGCUAGUGAUGCAGGAACUUCCACAACUACAGCGUCAUCGGUGGUGACCGAGACAUCUACUAAUAUAACAGAUAACACAACAACGACCACUUCCUCAGUUCAGCUAAACUCUAUAAAUUCUGAAAACACGAGUACUUCCAGUAGUCUUACUUCUACAGCUAGUGAUGCAGGAACUUCCACAACUACAGCGUCAUCGGUGGUGACCGAGACAUCAACGAAUUCUUCUUCGAACACGUCCUUAACAAACCAGGACUCGGGCAGAUCCCUUGAUUUAACCUGGGUACUUACUAUUUUCCCGGGAGCUUUAGCCAGUGGUGUAAUAUUUGGAUCCAUAGCGUACACUUUGUACAGCUGCAAGAAAAGGUUUUUUCAAGGAAACUUUACGAAAGUAAAGAAAUUUAAUAUGUAAAAGAGUUGAAUGGAGUCCAAAGAAUGGAGAAAGCCUGGGACCCGUUUUACAAAAGAACUUUCUACUAAGACAAAGAAAAACUUUAAAAUUGAUUGUAAAAUCUUACAAAAUUCAACUUGUUGUUAUUCAUUCUUAAAUAAAUUUGUUUACUUUGUUAUCAUUCAUACUAACAAAUAAAUUGUUUUAAGAAUUCAAGACUAGUGCUUUGUGUUAUGAAAAUGUAUAUCCAGAGUUCUCAUGGCUUUGCUUUUGGAUAGUGGUGAAUGGUGAUUUUUGUACCUUU